UGAGUCUCAGGGACCAGGCUGAGUGCAAGAAGCUGGUUACACUACGGUCCCUGAGAUUUGUCCCUCACUAUGGGGAAAAACAGACUCCCUCGAUCAUGCUUCAUGCUAGUUCUCCUUGUCCUGUUUCCUGCCAAUGCCUCAGACUCUGCUGAACCGCAGUAUAUGGUGCUGGUGCCCUCCCUGCUCCACACCGAGACCCCCGAGAAAGGCUGCCUCCUUCUGAGCCACCUGAACGAGACAGUGACUGUCAGUGCUUCCCUGGAGUCUGUCAGGGGAAACAGGAAACUCUUCACUGACCUGGUGGCAGAGAAAGACCUGUUCCACUGCGUUUCCUUCACCCUCCCCAGGAUCUCAUCCUUUUCAGAGGUAACAUUCCUCACUGUCCAGAUAAAGGGAACAACACAGGAGUUCAGGAAGAGGACCACAGUGCUGGUAAAGAAUGCUCAAAGUCUGGUCUUUGUCCAGACAGACAAACCCAUCUACAAGUCAGGACAAACAGUCAACUUUCGUAUUGUCGCAGUGGAUGAAAAUUUUCACCCCCUAAAUGAACUGAUUACACUAGUAUACAUUGAGAAUCCAAGAAGAAAUCGAAUCGCACAAUGGCAGAAUCUCAAGUUAGAGGGUGGCCUCAAACAGUUAUCCUUCCCUCUCUCAUCAGAGCCCGUGCAGGGUUCCCACAAGGUGGUGGUACAGAGGGAAUCAGACAGAGCGAUAGAGCACCCCUUCACUGUGCAGGAAUUCGUGCUUCCCAAGUUUGAUGUCAAAGUUCAGGUGCCAAAGAUAAUCAGUAUCCUGGAUGAAAAUGUGAACAUAUCAGUAUGUGGGAUAUAUACCUAUGGGAAACCUGUCCCAGGACUCGCAACUGUGCGCAUAUGCAGAAAAUUAAUCCUCUCUUUUAAUUGUUAUAAGCCUGAUGUCUGUGAGGAAUUCAGUCAACAGCUAGAUAGCAAUGGCUGCAUCAACCGACAAGUGAAAACCGUGUUGUUCCAGAUUAAAAAUGCAGGUUUUGAAAUGAAUCUUAAAGUGGAAGCCAAGAUCAGAGAAGAGGGAACAGACCUGGUAUUAACCGGAAAUGCGACCAGUGAAAUCACAAAUAUUGCAACCAAGCUCACAUUUGUGAAAGUGGAUUCGCACUUUAGACGAGGAAUCCCAUUCUUUGGGCAGGUGCUCUUGGAGGAUGGGAAAGGCAUGCCCCUUCCCAAUAAACUCGUCUUCAUCACUGCCAAUGAAGCCAACUAUCAUUACAACACAACUACUAAUGAACAGGGUCUUGUACAGUUUUCCAUCAAUACCACCAAUGUCCUGGCUAAAAGACUUUUUGUCAUAGUCUACCAUGAGAAACCUAACUUCUGUUUUAGCUAUACAUGGAUACAAGAAGAACACCGGGGAACUCAGCACAUUGCAAAACAUGUCUAUUCCUCAAGCGGGAAUUAUAUUCAACUGGAGCCUGUAACUGGAACCCUGCCCUGUGGCCAAACACAGAUUAUCAAGGCCUACUAUAUACUCAAUGGACAGACCAUAGGGGACCAGAAAGAGCUCACUUUCUAUUACCUGAUCAUGGCUAAGGGAAGCAUCCUCAGAUCAGGAAGCCAGGUUCUGCCUGUAGAGCCGGGAGACAUGAAAGGCAGUUUUUCCCUAUCUUUCCCUGUGGAGUCAGACAUUGCUCCCAUUGCACGAUUGUUCAUCUUUACCAUUUUAUCAAAUGGAGAAGUCAUUGGAGAUUCUGAGAAGUUUGAGAUUGAAAACUGUCUAGACAACAAGGUGGAUUUGAGCUUCAGCCCAGCACGAAGUCUUCCGGCCUCGCACGCCCACCUGAGAGUUGCAGCUUCCCCUGCGUCUCUCUGCGCCCUCCGCGCCGUGGACCAAAGCGUGCUGCUCCUGAAGCCCGAGGCUGAGCUCUCCGCGUCCUCGGUGUAUAACAUGUUAACUGUGAAGGAUCUCACUGGCUUCCCUGAAAAUGUGGACCAGGAGGAGGAAAAACAAGCAAGCUGUUCAGAUCCUUAUAUCACUCAUCAUGGAGCCUUCUAUCUGCCCUUUGCAAGUUUUGAUGAAGAUGAUAUACAUAGCUUCCUGAAGGGUAUGGGGCUGAAAGUGUUCACCAACUCAAAGAUCCGAAAACCACCGUCAUGUUCAACAUACUACCCCCUACCGCCCCCAAGAGGAAUACCACCACUGGGUUAUGGAGUAGCCUCAGGAAUAGCAUCUGGACCAAGGGGUCCAUCUGGUCUUCAUCUUAACUCAUUUGCAAUACCUGUAAAUACUAUACAAAGUCCAGAGCCAAUUCCUGAAACAGUGCGGAGCUAUUUCCCUGAGACCUGGAUCUGGGAUUUGGUGACAGUGAACUCAUCUGGUGUGGCUGAAAUAGAAGUAACUGUUCCUGAUACCAUUACUGAGUGGAAGGCAGGGGCCCUCUGCCUGUCUGAGGACACUGGACUUGGUCUCUCUCCAAUUGCCUCUCUCCAAGCCUUCCAGCCCUUCUUUGUGGAGCUUACAAUGCCCUACUCUGUGAUCCAGGGAGAGGCCUUCACACUCAAGGCCACCGUCAUAAACUACCUUCCCAAAUGCAUCCGGGUCAGUGUGCAACUGGAAGCCUCUCCAGCCUUCCUUGCUUCCCAAAACCAAAAGGGAAAAGGAUCCUAUUGCGUCUGUGGAAAUGAGCGGCAAACCUUGGCUUGGACAGUAAUUCCUAAAACUCUAGGGAAUGUGAACUUCUCGGUGAGUGCGGAGGCAGUGCAUUCCCUAGAGCUGUGUGGAAAUGAGAUUGCUGAGGUCCCUGAGAUUGGGAGAAAAGACACAGUCAUCAAAACCCUGUUGGUGGAGCCUGAAGGUAUUGAGCAAGAGAAGACCUUCAACUCCGUAACCUGUGCAUCAGGUACUGAAAUAUCUGAGCAAAUAUCCCUGAAGCUUCCACCAAAUGUGGUCAAGGAGUCUGCCAGAGCCUCCUUCUCGGUUUUGGGUGACAUACUAGGUUCUGCUAUGCAAAAUAUACAGAAUCUCCUCCAGAUGCCUUAUGGUUGUGGAGAACAGAACAUGGUCCUGUUUGCACCUAACAUCUACAUCUUGAACUACCUGAAUGAAACCCAACAGCUAACUCAGGAGAUCAAAUACAAGGCCAUUGGCUAUCUAGUCAAUGGUUACCAGAGGCAGCUGAACUACAAACAUCACGAUGGCUCCUACAGCACUUUUGGAGAUCAAUUUGGCAGGAAACAGGGCAAUACUUGGCUCACGGCCUUUGUACUGAAGACUUUUGCCCAGGCUCGAGCCCACAUCUUCAUAGACGAAGCACACAUUACGGAAGCCCUCACCUGGCUGUCCGAGAAGCAGAAGGCAGACGGCUGCUUCAUGAGCUCUGGGUCACUGCUCAACAAUGCUAUCAAGGGAGGAGUGGAAGAUGAAGUGACCCUCUCUGCCUAUAUCACCAUCGCCCUUCUGGAGAUUCCUCUCCCAGUCACUCACACUACUGUUCGCAAUGCCCUGUUAUGUCUGGAGUCAGCCUGGAACAAAGCAAAGGAGAAAACCCAUGGGAGCCAUAUCUAUACUAAGGCGUUAUUGGCCUAUGCUUUUGCUCUGGUGGGAAACCAAGAUAGGAGAAGAGAAAUACUGAACUCAGUUGAUGAGGAAGCUGUGAAAGAAGACAACUCAGUCCACUGGGAGCGACCUCAGAAACCCAGGGCACCAGUGGGGCUUCUUUACCAACCCCAGGCUCCCUCUGCGGAGGUGGAGAUGACAUCCUACGUGCUCCUGGCUUACCUCACCGCCCAGCCUGCCCCAUCCCCAGAUGACCUGACUACUGCAUCGCACAUCGUGAAGUGGAUCACAAAGCAACAGAAUUCCCAGGGCGGGUUCUCCUCCACCCAGGACACAGUGGUGGCUCUUCAGGCCCUGUCCAGAUACGGAGCAGCCACUUUUGCCAGAACUCAGAAAACCGCACAGGUGACCAUUAAGGAUUCAGAGACCUUUUCCACAAAUUUCCAAGUGGACAACCAAAACCUCCUGUUACUGCAGCAGGUCUCAUUGCCCAAGGUGCCUGGGGAUUACGCCAUCACCGUGACAGGGGAAAGAUGCGUGUAUCUGCAGACAUCUAUGAAAUACCAUGUCCACCCAGAGAAGGACGACGCCCCAUUUGCUUUGCGUGUGCAAACUCUGCCCCAAACUUGUGAUGGACGCGAAGCCCACACCAGCUUCCAGAUCUCACUGAAUGUCAGUUACACCGGGAGCCGUCCUGCCUCCAAUAUGGUGAUUGUUGAUGUAAAGAUGGUAUCUGGUUUUAUUCCCCUGAAAUCAACAGUAAAAAUGCUUGAAAGCUCUAGCUACGUGAGUAGGACAGAAGUGAGCACCAAUCACGUCCUCAUUUAUUUGGAACAGGUGACAAAUCAGGCACUAAACUUUUCCUUCACGGCUUUGCAAGACAUCCCUGUCAGAGACCUGAAGCCGGCCAUCGUAAAAGUCUAUGAUUACUAUGAGACAGAUGAGUCUGCCAUUGCCGAAUAUAUCGCCCCCUGUAGCACAGAUGCACAGCACAGAAAUGUUUGAGGACCAUACUUGGGCUACACAUUUUUCUGGACUCCCUGUCCUAUGCUUCUCCUUAGAAGGAAUGGGGUUCUUUGUCUCUGUCAAGCAGACACCACAAAGGCUUUAUAAAUAAAUGUAUAUUUUGGGUCAAA